AUGUUACGGUCAACAUCGCUGCUCCUUUCGUUAUUUGCUUUCCUGCUAUGCUGGGGGGCUGCGCUUGUGUCGGCUGUUAGCACCUCCGGCAACAGGUUGCUGGCUGUGUUUGAUGAAGUGGGCGAGAAGGAGAAUUAUAGCAAGUUUUUGGGCGAUUUAGAGGGCAGAGGAUUCCAAAUCACAUAUGAGACCCCCAAGAGCGAGUCCCUCGUCCUCUUCCACCUCGGCGAACGAGCUUACGAUCAUGUCAUCUUCUUCCCGACCAAGACAAAGGGACUCGGCCCCAACCUGACGCCCCAAAUUCUCGUCAACUUCCUCAACGCCAAGGGCAACAUCCUCCACACCCUCUCCUCCGAGACUACAACCCCCAACACCCUCGUCUCCCUCCUCGCCGAGCUCGACAUCACCCUCCCCACCGAACGCACCGGCCUCGUGGUGGACCACUUCUCCUACGAUACCCUCUCCGGCGCCGAAACCCACGAUGUUCUCGCCCUCCCCCCACCCGUCCCAGUGCGCAGUGAUAUCUCCCCCCUCUUCUCCGCCGGCGCCCCCAAAGACGCCCUCCUCGCCUUCCCCCACGGCGUUGGCGCUGUCCUCGGCCCCCGCGAGCAUCUGACCCCCAUCCUCCGCGCCCCCAAGACCGCCUACUCCUACAACCCCAAGGAGCAAGCCGACGUCCUCGAUGUCGCCGACCUCUUUGCCGCCGGCCAGCAGCUCUCCCUCGUCACCGCUUUCCAAGCGAUCAACUCUGCCCGUUUUGUCCUUCUCGGUUCUGCCGAAAUGCUCCAAGACAAGUGGUUCGUCACCGAGAUCGCCGCCCCAGGUGGUAAAUCCGUCAAGACCUUCAACCGCGAGUUCGCCAAGCGUGUCUCCGCCUGGACGUUCCAGGAGUUGGGUGUUUUGAGGGUGAACUGGAUCGAGCACCACCUUAACGAGGUAGCUGCUGUUAACAAGUCAAACCCCUAUAUCUAUAGGGUAAAGAAUGAUACCUACACCAUCUCCCUCUCGGAAUACGCCUACGACAAGUGGACCUCCUUCUCCCUCCCCGCCAACGACGUCCUCCAGCUCGAGUUCUCCAUGCUCUCCCCCUUCCACCGCUUGCCUCUGACCCUCGACGAGACCCACUCCACCCCCGAAGCCUCGGCUUACACCGUCUCGUUCAAACUUCCCGAUCAGCACGGCAUCUUCAACUUCAAGGUCAAUUACAAGCGCCCCUUCUUCACCAACGUCGAGGAGAAGAACACUGUGUCUGUCAGACACAUGGCCCACGACGAGUGGCCCCGCAGCUUUGUCAUUAGCGGUGCCUGGCCUUGGAUUGCGGGCAUCGGCGCGACGGUGAGCGGGUGGGUGGUGUUUGUUGCUUUGUGGAUGUACAGUGCCCCUACGGGUAAGAAGGUGGGGAGCAAAAAGACCAACUAG